CAGAUGAUGACCGUCAUAGUUUACUUACAGUGGAGCUGGGCGCACGAUGACCUCAAGUGGGACCCAGCAGGCUAUGAAGGCUUGGAAAGAGUCCUGAUGGCGACCGAUUCCUUGUGGGUCCCGGAUGUCACGAUAGUCGUUGGACAAAGAGAUUCCCUGCUCUUAUCAUGUCCCCAGAAUCUAAUUUUAAACUCGACCGGCGUGCUCAUGUGUGCGACACAAACUUACGUAACGUUCAGGUGUGAAAUCAACUUUGAAAUGUAUCCAUUUGACACGCAGGAAUGCCAUUUUGGACUGCUGUACACUACAUUACUGACUGAUUGUCCGGUUCGACACAGACGUAAUGAUGUGACCAUCAACACUGACAACGCCAUUCUCAUAACUCAAUACAUCACGGCUGGGGAAUGGGUGCUAAAGAAAUCGAGAGCCGAAAUAUAUCAGGACUUGAACAAUGUGAGUUACCCCCGGUACAUCUUCACGGUACAACGACGAAGUGCGUUCUACGUCAUUACAAUCGUGUUUCCGAUGGUUCUCGCGUCGAUAAUGGUGACACUUGUGUUCCUAAUACCGGCCAAUACAGGAGAGAAAAUUUCUUACCUCGUGUCCAUCUUUACCUCAUUAGCCAUCUUCCUGGGUUUCAUAAGGUAA